AGCCCAACCCAUUAAUCGCUUCACAAAUAAGGAGUGAUAAACAGUAUCGCAUUUUCCCAUCUACCGAAAAGAGAGAGAGAGAGAGUAAUACUCCUUUGAAAACUAACAAAGCAAACCACACAGCUGCAAAGGGGGUUGGGGUUUCAGAUCUGACCAAAAACCUUUUCCAAUGGCGUUGAGAAACUUAUACAAGGAGAUAAAGGGCUUGAAGGUGAAGGAGGUUCCGGCGCACCUUAAGCCGAUGUUGUCAAUCGGUUAUGCGAAGAACGCUAUUAGAAAGGGAUUGGAUAAUUACCAUGCUAAGUACAUUGAAACUAGCUCCGUUGAUCCUCUUCUUCAUGUAUGCUUUGGUGGCAUGAUAUUCUCUUACCUUGUUGCUCUUCCUGAAGAGCGACGUCACCUCGAGCACAAACAACAUGGCGGACAUUGAUUGUUCGUCUAUUUU